ACCGGAAAACAAUGGCAAACGUUCGCAAAGGUGUCGCCCUCAUCACAGGUGCUGGCCAGGGCAUUGGGCGGUCAAUUGCACUGCGUUUGGCAGAAGAUGGUUUCGACGUGGGACUGAAUGACAUAGAGGCAAAUAAAGACAAACUCGAGCUUUUAGCAGCAGACAUCACUCAGAAACACGAGUCCCAGCGACGGACCUACGUUUUCGUCGCAGACGUUAGCGAAGAAAAGGAUGUACAGGCAAUGGUGGACACUGUGGUGAGAGAACUGGGUGGUCUGGAUGUCAUGGUUGCAAAUGCUGGAGUUGUCCGGACAGGCUCCCUUUUUGAAGCCUCUGUCGCUGACUGGGAUGCUGUAUUAUCGGUGAAUGUUCGUGGAACGUUCCUUUGCUACAAGUAUGCAGCCCAGCACAUGGUAAACCAAGGUGGAGGACGAAUAAUUGGCGCCUGUUCAUUGGCAGGGAAAAUAGGUCACGCAUAUUUGAGCGCAUAUAGCGCAUCAAAAUUUGCUGUGAAAGGAUUGACACAAAGUGCCGCGAGAGAACUUGGGCGUUAUGGAAUCACAGUCAAUGCAUAUGCACCAGGCCCAAUUCAAACCUCUAUGCUUACUGAACUGCACAAUUCUGAGGUCAAACGGACCGGAGAUCCAGGAGGAUUCUACAAGGUGAUGGAGAACACCUCCGCAUUAGGUUAUCUCGGCAAUACUGGAGAUGUAGCGAGCCUCGUGUCUUACCUAGCGUCCCCAGAGGCACACUUCAUCACUGGCCAAAGUAUCACAGUUGAUGGCGGUAUAUACUUCGACUGAAUAACGGUCUGAGCAUAAUUUAGCAGCAUACGGCAGCUACCGUAUAUACCAAGCUUCCCCUCACUGUGCAGUCGAGUGAAUGCCAAGGGACUUUCUGUAG